AUGGAGCCGCCCAGUAACCGUAGCUCCCCGGCGGAGGCCGGCCCGGUGCUGCCCGGGGUGUCGGUGGCCUGCCAGGCGCUGCUGCUGCUCGGCCUGUUCGUGCUGUCCGGCCUGGGGAACGUGGCGGUGAUCGCGGUGAUCGCCAAACACCGGCAGCUCCGCACGGUGACCAACGCCUUCAUCGUGUCGCUGUCCGUGUCCGCCCUGCUGUGCGCCCUGCUCUGCCUGCCGCUCUCCCUGCUGCUCCUGCUGGGCCGGGGCCGGGCCUGGCUCUGCUCCGCCAGCGGCUUCUGCAACUCGUGUGUCGGCAUCGUGUCCUCGCUCACCAUGACCCUCAUCUCCCUGGACCGAUACUACGCCAUCGUGCGGCAGCCCCAGGAGAAGAUCGGCCGGGCCCGGGCCGCCCAGCUGCUGCUUGCCGCCUGGCUGACCGCCCUGGGCUUCUCCUUCCCCUGGUACCUGCUGGCCCGGGAGCAAUGGGUGGUCCACAGCCAGGGCUACCAGCAUUGCAUGUAUGUCUUUCACUCGGGGGGCUCCAGGCUGGGGGCGGCCUACAGCAUCUCCCUGAUUGUACUGUGCUACCUGCUGCCCUUCUCCUUAAUGUGCUUCUGCCACUACAACAUCUGCAAGGCCGUCCGCCUGUCCGAGAUCCGCGUCCGGCCCGUCACCACCUACGCGCACCUGCUGCGCUUCUACAGCGAGAUGCGGACGGCCACCACCGUGCUGAUCAUGAUAGUCUUCAUCAUCUGCUGCUGGGGACCCUACUGUGUGAUGGGCCUGGUGGCGGCGGCAGCGGGGGACUACCCCUUCACGCCGCUCAUGGAUUCCGUGGCCGUUUGGAUGGCGUGGGCCAACGGCGCCAUCAACCCGCUCAUUUAUGCCAUCCGCAACCCCAAUAUUUCCAUGCUGCUGGGGCGCAAUCGGGAAGAGGGCUACAGGACUAGGAAUAUUGCCGCCUACCUGUGUACACAGGGUCAGAGCAGAGAGGCCAGGGGACGGGCUGACCCCAUACGUGACCGUUACGGUAACCGUCACGGUCAGGGGAGCCGGGUAUCGUCCUCCAGUCCAGCCAACGGUGGCGACGUGGCCAUGUGGGCUUGUAAGAACCCGACUGUGCUGUUUUGCAGGGACAGUCAUCCGGACACUGUGACCGAACCGCCACUCAUGAAGUCCGAGACGGUGGACACGAGCCUUUAGUGACCCUGACCAUAACUCUGUCCACAUGGUACAAAGGCCGGGGCAUCACGUGUAGCUGGCUUGGGACAUAAAAAGCUCCGGGACUUUAAAAAUGAAAUCUGCAUAAUGUGAAAAAGGAGAAAUCUUAACCCGAACAUGACCCAAUAGGGGAUUCAUUUGCCAAAUAUGGUGUUUACAUGGGUUGGCGGUCACCUUGCAUAAUUUUGGCCAAAAUAGCUAAGAUGUAGAAAUUUGCCAUUUUGGUCAUCUUUCCCACCUGGCUAGUUUGAUCUCUGUUUUAA